AUGGGUUUUUAUUGGCAUCCAGAACCUCAUAAAAGAAAGGAGGCAUGGAGUUUAUUGAAAUAUCUGAGAACCUUCGAACCAACUCCUUGGGUCUGUGCAGAGGACUUUAAUGAGAUCUUGAGUAAUUCCAAGAAGUGUGGAGGGCGUGGACGUGCUAGGGGUUUGAUGAAUGAUUUUCAAAAUGCUUUGGAAACUUGUGUUUUGCAUGAUAUCGAUUAUAGGGGUCCAAAAUAUACUUUGACUAAUGGUCAGGAGGGAAUUGAUUUUACACAAGAAAGAUUGGACAGAGUUGUUGCUAACCAGGAAUGGUGUGAAUUAUUUCCUGGAGCUGAAGCUAUUGUGGAGGCAACUAUUAAUUCUGAUCAUAACCUAAUUCUGUUGAGGGUGCAAAGAAAAGAAGGAGGCAUCAGAAGGAGGCGUGGUUUUCGGUAUGAGGCGAGUUGGGGAUUGGAACCUGAUUGUCACAAGAUAGUAAAGCAGAUAUGGCGAGUAAAAGACAGAAGGGUGGGUCUUUCUAUGGGUCUACGGGAUAUGAUGAAUGAAAGUGAGAAGGGAUUUUUGGCUUGGCAGCAUGUUCAUGGCAGUCAGGUGGGAGCCACAAUUAAACAAAAAGAAGCUUUAUUGGUUGAACACCAAGGGCGUGAAGGUCCAUUGGAAACUCACAGUAUUCAUACUUUGAAGCUUGAAUUAAAUUCUUUGUUAGAACAAGAGGAGCUAAAGUGGAGACAAAGAGCAAAAGAGCAUUGGUUGAAAGAAGGAGAUCGUAAUACCAAGUUUUUUCAUGAAAGCGCAAAUCAAAAGAGAAAAUCCAGCCAGUUGUAUAAGAUUUUAGAUGUUGAGGGUCGGCCAUACACGGUUGAAGAGGUUUCUACAAUGCUUAAUCAAAUGUCUCCACUUAAAGCACCUGGGCCAGAUGGUUUUUCUGUAAGCUUUUUCCAUACACAUUGGGGUACUGUGGGUCCAGAGGUGUUAGCUAAUAGACUUAAAGCAAUUCUACCUCAUAUUAUCUCGAAGAAUCAAAGUGCUUUUAUUCAAGGCAAAUUGAUUUCAGAUAAUAUCCUGGCAGCUUAUGAGACAUUGCACACUAUGCAAGCACGGAUGUGGGGAAAAGAUGGGUAUAUGGCAGUUAAGCUUGAUAUGUCGAACGCUUAUGAUAGGGUGGAGUGGGGAUUUCUUGAAGCAGUGAUGAGAAAGAUGGGUUUUGAUGCCAAAUGGAUUCACCUUAUUUUAAUGUGUGUCAGCUCAGCUACUUAUUUAGUUAUUGUGAAUGCUACUCCCAUGGGUAGAAUUGUCCCAUCGAGAGGAAUACGGCAAGGGCAACAAUUGAAUAAGGAUAAGACAUCUAUCUUUUUCAGUCAUAAUACUUCGCCUGAAAUCAAACAAACUAUAUUGGUUUUGAUGGGGAUCCCAAAAACAAGAAGGUAUGACAAGUAUCUUGGGUUGCCAGCUUUGGUUGGUAAAUCGAGGUCUCAGGCUUUUAAAAGUAUAAAGGAUCGGGUAUGGAAGAGAAUGCAAGAUUGGAAGUUGAAUUUCCUUUCUCAAGCUGGGAAUGAGGUAUUAUUGAAAGCUGUUGUUCAAGCUAUACCUACAUAUAGCAUGAGUAUUUUCAAGCUCCCUAAAGGUUUAAACUUAGAAAUAAAUGCUCCAAUGCAGAAGUUUUUGUGGGGCUAUCAAAAGAAUGAUUCUAGAAUUCACUGGAUGAGCUGGAAUAGAAAGGGAGUGUAG